CCUGUGCACGUAAGCGUCAAAUAUCACAACAAACCCAGUGGAUGCGGGGAUUAGCUGGAAAAAGCGCUCAGUGAUGGAGGUGAUGGAGGAGCUGGAGGAGCAGGUGGAGAGGCUGCUUGAAGGAGAGGGGGCAGAGGUGACGGGUUGUGAUGUGGGUUUGGACCAGAGUAAACCGGCCACACUCCGGAAAAACGUCACCUACAUCGUGGGUGCGGUCAUUUUCAACGACAAGGAGGAGGUCCUGAUGGUGCAGGAGGCUAAGUCUGAGUGCUAUAAACAGUGGUACCUGCCGGCCGGUCGUGUAGAGGUGGGAGAGAGUCUGGAGGAGGCGCUCAAGAGAGAGGUCAAAGAGGAGUCUGGCUUCGACUGUGAGCCCAUCUCGUUGCUGCUGAUCCAGGAGCAGGGCCCUCAGUGGAUCAGAUUCAUUUUUCUGGCUUCAGUCACAGGGGGGCGCUUGAAGACUCUGUCCGGGGCUGAUCAGGAGUCUCUUCAGGCCUGUUGGUGGGACAGACACAGCCCCCUGAACCUGAGGGGCCGAGACAUCCUCCGCCUCAUCGACUCCGGCCUCAAGUACCGUGGGGAUCCUGCCUAUCCUCCCGUCCGGCCCAUAGACCUGAGCUGUCAGCACGUGGUCCAGAGACCCGUCCUGCUUUACACCAACACCAAGGACCAAGUCUGGGUCCUGGUCUUAAGAGCGCCCUUUGCCCACCUGCCUGUCGUUGCCGCAAUCUGGACUCAUGCGAUCUCGUGGGGGGCCAGCAUGGUGGUCCAGGAUGCCCUCCCCUCGUCCUAUUACGACCAUGAUGUGAACACUGUGGGCGUGAUGUCCCUGCAGCACAGCGGGCGCGAGAACGGGCACAGCGACGGCGUCUGUCUGAACACACUCGUGAGGCUGGUGCCCGAACCACCACAAAGAGACGAAGAUGGACUCAAACUGCCCCCGGCCAACACAGAGCGCCCCCCGCAGAUUGAGAAUCCUCGAUACAUUUGGUACGAAAUCCAGAGCAUUGAACUAAAGGACAAGCUGCUGCUGAAGCUCAAAAACACAGCCAUCCUCCCACUGCACAGCCUGUACUGAGGAGAGCGCCCCCUAUGGACUAUACAGACCACUGCACAGCAUGUACAGAAGAGAGCGCCCCCUAUGGACCACUGCACAGCUUGUACUAUGAGUGCAUGAAUACUGUUGUAUGUAUUUGUACUGUACCAGUCGAGGAAACUAUGGCUACGUUCAGACUGCAGGGCUUAAUGCUCAAUACUGAUUUUUUUUGUGAAAUCAGAUUUUUUUUCACGUUUCCAAUUAAAUGUUUAAAUUAAAUAAAACGCCCCAAAAGUGUCCCACAUGUGCACUGGAGGACACGACGACGUCACACAACGCGAGCGUGUUCAGUGUUUACGGAAGUCGCCUUAACAAAAUAUGGUCCAGUUCUUGGUAAAAUGUUCAGGUUAUAUGUCCAUGGCCGCUUCGUUUGUUAGGAUCUUUAGUCUCCUUGUAAUUGAUUCGUAGGCUCUUUAUUUUUCGUUGACAUUGGAGCCAGGACCGUCUGUAGCCAUGCUCGGACAUUUCUUUGACAAUCAUUUAAAUCCUCCAAUUUUGCCUGAAUACAGCGAUCCCCCCAAAUAUUAAUAAACUCUCUAACCUCGCUUUUUCUCCGUUGACUGGACUCCGAGCCUGACGUGUAGGUGGGGUGAAUGUGACCUGCCCGUUCAGACUGAAGUCGCAUGUCAAAAGAUCAGAUAUGUAUCGGUUUUAGGAACACAUAUCCAAGUGUCCUGAGUCACAUCUGAAACAAAAAUUGGAUCUGUGUCGUUCAGACUGUCAUUAAAAGAUCAGAUACAGGAGCAUAAAAGCGAAAAAAUCGGAUUUGGGUCACUUCAGGCUGCAGUCUGAACGUAGCCUAUGAGUCGACUCCACUUUAAUAUCAUCACUGAAGCUUAAAGAGAGGGUAUUAUGAAUCUGUGUAUCAUUCGUUCACUCGUUUUUCAGUAUAAAACCAAAAAUAAGAAAACGAAAAGAACAACAAUUUUCUUCAUUAUUUGUCUCCAAAACCAAAAUGAGAAAACGGAUAAUGAUUCGUUUUUCAGUUUUCGAUUUUGUGUUUAAAUGAAAAAUGGAAACAACGGAUAACGGCCGUUUACGUGACUUAAACUGUGAUGCUGGACUGAACCAGGACUGAAUCAGGUCCGACCAGACCGGGACUGACACCAGGACUGAGACCGGGACCAAAGCGGGAUCAGACCAGGACUGAGAUCGGGACUGAGACUGGGACUGAGACCGGGACCAGACCAGGACUGAGAUCGGGACCAAACUGGGACCAGACCAGGACUGAGACUGGGACUGAAACCAGGACCAGACCAGGACUGAAACCGGGACCAAACUGGGACCAGACCGGGACGGAAACCUGGACUCAGACUGGGACCAGACCAGGACUGAAAAACUGCUCAGUCCUGGUUCAGUCCAUAUGCGGCGCAAAAGUCCCGCAUCACAGUUUACGUCACGUAAACGGCCGUUACCCAUUUUUUUCCAAUUUUUUUUUUUAAACACAAAAGCGAAAACUGAAAAAACAAAUCGUUAUCUGUUUUUUCAUCUUAGUUUUGGAGACAAAUUUUGAACAAAAUAGUUGCUUUUUUUAUUUUCUUACUUUUGGUUUUAUUCUGAAAAAACAAAUAAGCGAAUAAUACACGGAUUAUUAUGUAAAAUAUAUAUAUAUAUUUUUAGCUUUCUACCAUAUUAUAAUGCUGUUCCCUCAUCAAAAACUUGCCUGAAGACGUUUUCAUCCAUGGUUGUUUGAGUAAUUUAGCAAUCUCUCCCUCGCCCUAUUCAAACCCUCCUCACGUUUAGCUGUAAUAUUCUGUGCUCGGCCCCGCCCACAGCUCUACAUCACCCAUGCUCUUAUACAACAAUUCUCCAUAAAUAUACAAAAACAUAAUAGAAAACUGUACACGCAGGGGAGUGACUUAACAUGGAGAGUAAAAGGAGGCGGUGCUCAGCGUCAAAAAAGAAACUGAAACAAUUAACAAUUUGAAUAUGUUGUUUUUAGCGAUUAUAGCAUUUGUUGUUUAUUUUAUUAAUACUUUAUUUAACCAGACAUUAAGAAUCUCUUUUUGAGGAGAGUCCUGGCCCCAUAUUGUAAGUGUUUUUAGUGGUAGGCUACACAGGCACGGGAAGAACAUGAAAACGUCCCACCCAUUUUCAAAACAAUAAGAGGUAACGUGGUGAUUUAAAUGUUAAUACCCCGUAGAAAUGUAAUACCCGAGUGUAGCAGCAGUAAAACAGGGUUAUUCACUGAGUUUACGUUUCAAUAUAUUCCAUUAUUGAAGACAAACGUACUAUGAAUGAGCAAUUUUAAUGUUUAAAUGCAAAUGUUUUAAUGUUUUUGCUAUCGGUACUUAAAAACGGUUGUAUUAUUUAUUAUGAUAACAGAGUAUAUAAACUGAUACUUAUCUGAAAUAA